UUCGCACCCGCCACUGUCCAGCUGCCCGGAGCCCAGAGAGCCCAGCCAGGCGCUCGAGACACCUGCCCCAGCCCCACCAUGCUCGUGGCAUCCACCACUUCUGCUGUGCCCUGGACCCUCUCCCCGCCUCUUCUGCCCGGCAACAGCAGCGAGGAGCCGCCGGACACCCGGAACCCGCUGCUCGUCCAGGCAGAGCUAGCCCUGCUCUCCACGGUCUUUGUGGCCGUGGCCCUGAGCAACGGCUUGGUGCUGGGGGUCCUAGCACGCCGGGGCCGGCGGGGUCGCUGGGCACCCAUGCACGUCUUCAUUGGUCACUUGUGCCUGGCCGACCUGGCCGUGGCUCUGUUCCAAGUACUGCCCCAGCUGGCGUGGGAUGCCACGGACCGCUUCCGUGGGCCUGAUGCCCUGUGCCGGGCAGUCAAGUACCUGCAGAUGGUGGGCAUGUACGCCUCCUCCUACAUGAUCCUGGCCAUGACGCUGGACCGCCACCGCGCCAUCUGCCGCCCCAUGCUGGCAUACCGCCACGGAGGUGGAGCUCACUGGAACCGGCCAGUGCUGGUGGCCUGGGCCUUCUCGCUCAUUUUCAGCCUGCCCCAGCUUUUCAUCUUUGCCCAGCGUGACGUGGGAAAUGGCAGUGGGGUCCUUGACUGCUGGGCCCACUUUGCUGAGCCCUGGGGCCUCCGAGCCUAUGUCACCUGGAUCGCCCUAAUGGUGUUUGUGGCACCUGCCCUGGGCAUCGCUGCCUGCCAGGUGCUCAUCUUCCGGGAGAUUCAUGCCAGCCUGGUGCUGGGGCCGGCAGAGAGGGCUGGGGGUGGCCGUGGAGGGCACCGGACCGGCAGCCCCAGUGAGGGGGCCCGGGUGUCAGCAGCCGUGGCCAAGACCGUGAGGAUGACGCUGGUGAUUGUGAUUGUCUACGUGUUGUGCUGGGCGCCUUUCUUCCUCGUGCAGCUGUGGGCGGCGUGGGACCCGAAGGCGCCCCUGGAAGUGAGCAGAUGGGGUCACUGCACCUCUGCACGGGCAACCUCAGUCCCAGCCCGGACUCUUCCACCCCCACAGAGGCCCCCUUCGUGCUGCUUAUGUUGCUGGCCAGCCUCAACAGCUGUACCAACCCCUGGAUCUACGCCUUCUUCAGCAGCAGUGUGUCCUCCGAGCUGCGCAGCCUGCUCUGCUGCGCCCAGAGUCGGGUCCCACCCAGCCCGGGGCCCCAGGAGGAGUCCUGCGCCACUGCCAGCUCCUUCCUGGCCAAGGACACUUCCUCCUGAGAGGCUUUUAGAGGCUCUGUGAAAGCCCGCUGCCUGCCUGGGGCUGGCCCCGGGAGCUCUGGGGAGGAGGGGGGCUCUCCGGGAACUGGCUCCGGGGCGUGGGGAGGGGCUUGGGCCGUGGCAUUGGGCUUCCACCCCAGCCGGUGCCUGCCCCUGAGAUGGA